AUGGGGCAAGCAUUGAAACAUCUCGGAGCCGGUGGGGAAGAUGGCUUUCCCGGCGUCGUUACGGACGACGGAAGCGCGGACGUGUCCCCGCACGCGGAACGCCUGCUCCGCAAGCUCCACGAGCAACACGUCCGUUUCGCGACGGGUCGGUCUGCUUCGGAGGUUGCGACCGAGACGGAGCGGCUGGAGCGGAAGCAGGCGGAGCUGCUCCGGAGGCACACGGUCCGAAUGGACCAGCUGCGGAAGGAGCUCGCCCACGCGCAGCGAAUGAACGAGCUGGACACCCAGCGCCGGCUUCACGGCGCCAUUGAGGCUCUGGAGAAGGAGCGGCGGCAGCGGAGGGCGCUCCUCAAGCGACACGCCGAGGAGCGCGAGCGCAUCAUGAGGGCGCGGCGGACGAGCCAGCGGCACCGAGAGCAGCAGAUGCUGCAUGGCGCCUUCAAGCAAAGCGUGGAGGCGCAAAGGGCGGACCUGCGGGACGUGCGGACCUCGGUGCGAGAGAGGUCGCUCCACGAGAGGGACAGCCACAGGGUGCACCUGGCCUCCCUCGACAACUUCUACCAGUCCCAACUGUCGCUGCUGACGGAAUCGCUCGGCAAGGAGAAGCAAGAAAUGCGCAGGAGGGCCGCAGCCCAGAGCCAGGUCCUGGAGAAGAUGCGCAGGGAAUUCAGGGACAAGCUCAAAGAGGAAACUAGAAACAUGUACGACAUGGUCGCCCGCACUCGAGACGGAUGGGUAGACGCCGACCCGGCCGUCCGAAGACGAAAACGAAGCCAAAGAAUUUGACAAACUGCCCAUCCUUUGCGUCAACCAAUAUCAUUGCAAUCAAUUGUCUCCACCGGGACAUUGCGUGGAGUUCUGGUUGCGCAUUUUCAUGUGGUCGGCGCCACGAGCAGUUUUGUGCGAGACCGUCCAUACAUUUUUAAAGUCGUAGAGAUUAAAGAAUGCAACUAAAUAUUUCGAGGAAUUUUCGAGCCACUUUUUAAGUUUGGCUUCGAAGAUUAAGAAUUUAUUUGGAUGAUGGUGUUCAAAUGGUCUCUUCCAACUGCCAUUUAGGUUGACUGCAUUCGAGUAUUGUCAACUUCAAUGUCUUAUCGCAUAAUCUAGAAAAUAUUUGGUUUAACCGGCUAAUAAAAGAAGCUCCUGAGCCCCA